UCGCCCCACACAUCCACGUCGGCUCCGAUUGGCUAGAGCUGAUUCGACCCUUGAACUUUUAUCUUUGCCUUGCCAUCGUUGCCAUCUAUAGUCUGGAGAUUCAGAUCCAUCCCAUCUAUACCGCCUAUCCAUCUGGUUCGUCGAGCGGUCAAUUCACCCGAGCUCUACAUCACAACCUUCACGCCUUUCUCUCCCACAAACAGCACGUAGAAAAUGUCAGUGUGGCUUUGGGCUGCCGGUCUAGGCGCAGGCGCAUUCUUCGGUCGCGCAGCGCUCGUAGCGAUAAGACGAUCAGGCAAAGGCGCAGGUGCACUUGGACGGGGCUACUACAAAGGCGGCUUCGAGCCCAAGAUGACGCGGAAAGAGGCAGCACUGAUCCUCGAGAUGCCUGAACGCGGCAUCACGAAAGAGCUUCUCCGCAAGAAGCACCGAUCUCUCAUGCUCAACAACCACCCGGAUCGCGGCGGCAGCCCUUAUCUCGCCACCAAGGUCAACGAAGCCAAAGAGCUUUUGGAAAAAGAGGUCAAAUAA